AUGAAGGACCUAACCUUUGACGUCCGCUACGACAAUGAGCUCGCCCAUGAAUACUAUGGGGACGGGAGCAAGCUCUCCGCCAAGUACAAUAGACCUUCCACUGGACCUGUCGACCUCCGGGAGAUCUACAAGGACAGCCAUCUGGAAAUCCCCGACCAAUUCGAUUCCACGCUGACAACGCCCCCCAUCCAUUUCAUGACGGUGGCUGCGCCCGACGACGUGAAUACCGAUGACCUGAGACAGGUCAGCGUGCCUCCGGGUCUGAACAUUGAUAUUCUAGACUUUUCCAUGCCACUUCCCCGCCUUCUCCCAUCUUUCACUCUUCUUACUACUCUCAACCUCCAAAUGUCCACCACUCCAUCAUCAUCGGAUUUGGACCAUCCGGCGUCUAAACGACGCAAAAUCCGGAAAGGCACCUUUUCCUGCUGGGAAUGUAAACAUCGGAAGAGACGUUGCGCGUUCGACCCCGACCGCGCCGCCUGUGCUUAUUGCCAAUCCCGUGGCAUCCCAUGUGUCGGCCAGGACCGUCCGGAUCCGAGAGGCUGUGACAGCAAUCAUGAAAAUGUGCAGGCGCAGAUUCUUUACGUCGAAAGGUUGGUGGGCCAGCUGGUCCAUCAGCGCGACCGCCACUUCCUACCUCAGCAAGUUCCAAUGACUCGGCAGCUGAGCGGUUCGCUCGUAUCAUUGCUUCCACAUCCAAGCAUGGCCCUGCUCAUCCUGACCAAGGGACGCUUCUUCAGUCUGCCUUUCCAGACGAUCACUACUGCGGAUCAGCUGGACGUAUCCACGCUACCUGUGUCCACAGCUCACCCGAUUCAAUUUGCUCAAAAGCUCAUCCAGCUCGCACUUGGCUUACAGCAACUUGAUCUCACUACAUCCCAGCCAGGACUGCAACUGAACCAGAACACGAAAAGCUCGGCACGACACUAUCUCGAUCUAGCUACCAGUCAUGUAACAUCCCAGGAUGCGCUCGUAGACUCCCUCGAUGGUCUCGAUACCCUGUCACUCGAAGCCCGCUACCACAUCAACUCGGGCAACCUGCGCACAGCCUGGCUUAUAUUCCGCCGGGCUCUAAGUAUCGCCCAGAUGAUAGGGCUUCCUUGGGAUGACAAAGCGAGCAGCCGGGCGGAAUCCGUCUGGGUCCAACUGGUAUACAACGAUCGGUUCCUGUCCCUCAUGCUAGGUCUUCCUUUUGCCGUCAAGGAUCAUGGUUUCCCAAGUGAAGCCAUGGAUACAUACUCCCCUCUUAGGAAACUCUAUCGGAUCCACGGGGCCAUCGCAGGCCGGGUUAUUGCUCGGAAUAUGCGCAUGCAGCGCCGCGGUCGGCCAUCACAAGGAGAAGCAUACGAUCAUUAUGGAGUGACGCGAAGCAUAGACGAUGAACUUAAGAAGACAGCCCGAUCAGUACCUGUCGAAUGCUGGGAAAGCCCAACCCUAGACAGCACACUCUCGGACACGGACAAGAUGGAGCGAGUUUCCAUGCUCAUUACGCAAAUGCACCAGUAUUACCUCCUGAUCCUCCUUCACCAGCCGUACAUCUUAUCUCAAAAUCCUCACAUCACCGAGUCCGCCACCUUACCUCUCGUACUAGAUCAUACAUACAGCAAACAAGUUGUUGUUCCUGCUAGUCGCGAAGUACUUAAUCGCUGUCUCGCGUUCCGCAACAUCCGACCCAUCAUUUCCUAUCGCGGAAUUGAACACAAAGCCUUCACCGCAGCCGUGACACUUCUUUUGUCCCACAUCAUGGGACACCGCUUGGGUUCUGCGAAUAUUCUGGAACACCAACGACCUCAAGAUCUAGCGACGAUCCAAAAGGUAAUCCGGACCUUAGAUGAGCUGUGCUCUACGAACGAUCCGAACCGAGAGUCUGCGGUGGAGACAAGACGUCUGCUGACUAGGCUUGUGGGCAUCGAGGCCGAGGCAGCAAACGGUGUCAAUCACAUUGCAUAUCUAGACGGUGUCGACACAGAUGUCAUAUGCAGUGCCUCGCAUAAUAGCCUGAGGUUACCCGUACCAUACUUUGGGGCCAUCUGCAUCAUGCCUGAGCCGGUAGAACCGCAAGUUGAUGACCUUGGCUCAGAAUUUCCAUGGGUAGCACCUUCUGAUGAUUACUUGGAUUGCCUGACCUCCGAUGCUAUCCUUUUUCCAAGUUCUUUUUGCCAUGAUGCAUUAGCGGGCCCCACACCUGAUUCUCACGAUUUUACCCCAGCCCUUGCGAGUUUGGACGUUGAGCUGCAGUCUCUGGAUCCCGGAUACGUGGUGUCGGAGCAGCCGUGUUGAAUAUUUUGGGGUGUUUGAAAUAAUAUCAAAAGGAGUUGUCUUUCAACAAAUGGGGCUGUGGUUUAGUGGUAUAAUAUUCCCUUAGCAUGGGAGAGGUCCGGGGUUCGAUUCCCCGCAGCUCCAUUUUUUGAUUUUUUGGCUACGGCUAGCGAUGGACUGCUGACAGGAGUCUCGUGUUU